UGUUUUCCAAGUUGGCAUUUCCAUUACUUCCAUUAGUUUUGCAGCGGUAGUAUAAUCUUAUAAAAACCUAAACACUUUGUGCUCCGCUUCACACCUGUGCAACACGUUAACGGAAUCAAAACAUUCAUUUCAAUCUCUACUUACGCUUCAAGACAAGUGCGCUACCUUACCGCUUAAAAGUUCUUUAACAGGAGCAAUUAAGUACAUAAUACAAAACAACGUGCGAUUAUGUAACAUACAGUUUACGAAUAACGAAGCAAAAAAAAACAAAUGCUUUAGUGCGUAGCAACCGUUAAUUCUAGUGUUUUUUUUUUUUGAGGUAGUGGCUUUUUUAAUUUGCACUUGAGUGAUUUUCAGUUUAAAACAACAAAAAAAAAAAACAAAAAGAAGACGACGCUAAACAACCAAAAAAGCGGCAAAGCAUGACCAACCGCCAAACCGCCACUAAAAAGCGAAAAAUUAAAUAAAACACCAAAAAUCCACAAAAAUAAUGAAAAUCGAUAACUACAAUGUAUUUAUGUACAUAUGUACAUACAUCUGUACGUAUAUGAAGUUACAAUAGUAAAACGUAAAUUUAAACAGCAAAGGCAUUUUGUGUUACGCGAAUAAAUGUCGAAUGUCGAAAGUAAUAUAAUAGUGUUAAUUGCAUGUAUUGUAUUAAUGCAUCUGACUGCUACAGACCAAUGUUAAAUUUUCUUCAAUGUUAAAUAUAUCCGAAGCAAAUACGCGCCAAAAAUUUUAAUAAGUUUCGAGGCCACAGCGUUUUAGACUUUCGGAGUGCUUUGUUUAAUUCUAACGGAAAUUUCUACUGGACCUUCUACUAAUACAAUGACUGGAGGACUAUUGGAGCUAAAAAUGUUGGAUGUCUGAAAAUAUCUAGUUAGGAAAAAGUGCCACGAAUAAACCGUCGGUGAAAAUUGGAGUAAUAUUAUAUCUAACUCAGAAUGUCAUAUUAUCGACAAAGAUUAAAAUACACGGAUAUCCCAGUGACUGUCCUUUUCUUACUUAUGAUGCACCUAUCAUUGCUCACGACAGUAAUAACAGUUGAUUUAAACACUGAACAUAGUUCUGGAAGCAAAGCGAAUCCCAUCACCAAUCGUAGCACAAAAGUUUUUAAGAACCCGUUGCUGCCUAAAGCUGCAGUUAGAAUGGACAAUUCGGGCAACAGAGGAUCCGAAAAAAACGCGGAACCCUCAAAGCAGUCGCUUGUGUCAUUAUCAUCUAAAUCAUAUAUUAGUAGGCCAAACUCAACAACAACGCCAAUGCCAACUAAGCUGGCAAAACGGGCUGGUUCUGCCGCUGAAAUAAAGCAUAAAAAAGUGAGCAAAGAGAAUACUAAUCGCACUGGAGACACCGUUGCACGCAGUAAACUUCGUCAAGAAGGGGAUCAUAUUCCCGAUUCAUCGGGACAUAUUCCUUAUCGGAUAGGUCGACCACACCUAGUACCGCCGGAAUAUGACCCCACUGGAGUGAGUGCGAUUUCAAAUGAUGGCGGCACCGGCUAUCAAACAGUGUCUUAUGAAGCGGAUAAAUGGACCAAUGAUUACUGGGAACGAGACUAUAACAAACAUUUUGUAUACAACAGUACUCGAGUACAACAUAUAGAGGCUGAGUGUCAAGACGACUACAUGAAAAUACGGAUUGGCUUUAACUCCACCUUCAGCGGGCUAGUGUAUUCGGCAGGCUAUGCUUAUGAUCCUGACUGCAUGUACAUAAAUGGUUCAGGUCGAGACUAUUAUGAGUUCUACAUUCAGUUAAAUCGCUGCGGAACUUUGGGAAAAAAUGCACUUCAUGACGAAAAGAGGAAAAAUCCAACUAACUUUAUGUGGAACACUGUGACAGUUCAAUACAACCCGCUUAUAGAAGAAGAAUACGAUGAACAUUUCAAAGUCACUUGCGAGUAUGGCUAUGAUUUUUGGAAGACGGUCACUUUUCCAUUUUUAGAUGUUGAAGUAGCGACUGGUAAUCCUGUCGUCUUUACUCUAAGUCCCCCUGAGUGCUACAUGGAAAUACAAAAUGGAUACGGUAUCGGCGGACCACGUGUCACCGGACCAGUGCGUGUCGGCGACCCACUUACUUUGAUCAUUUACAUGCGCAGCAAAUACGAUGGCUUUGACAUCGUGGUAAAUGAUUGCUAUGCUCACAAUGGUGCUAACAAGAGAAUCCAGCUCAUAGAUGAAUACGGCUGUCCAGUUGAUGAUAAAUUAAUUUCACGUUUCCGUGGUUCGUGGUCAGAAUCCGGAGUAUUCGAAACACAGGUGUACGCUUAUAUGAAGACUUUCCGCUUUACUGGAUCGCCAGCCCUUUAUAUUGAAUGCGAUGUUCGAAUGUGUCAUGGCCGAUGCCCUAGCCAGCCAUGCCACUGGAGAAAUUUGAAAGCUGUGACUAAACGUGACAUAUCCAAUUCAACGGCAUCGGACUUAAAAUCAGCCGUGAUGCCAGCAACGACGCCAUCAGUAGAAGUAGCUGCUACGCUUUCAGAUUUAUCACUUGAUUCUAAAAUCACUGCAGAAGAGGUCAACACAGUAAAACCAGAUGGCUCGUUGUCGGAGAAUGUCAACCUCUUUCAAUCGCUGAGGGUACUGCAAGAAGGAGAAUCUGACGGUGAUGACAUUUACUCAUAUGCCCACCGCUUAGAGCCCCCUAAACAUCAAACCUGCCUAAAAACGUCAACGUUUUCUGCGCUUACUGUUACAUUUUCGGUGGUGAUGUGUGUACUUUCAGGUGCAUUAAUGUUGACAUGUUCUCGUCUCAAGCAACGCAGCAAGGGUGCAUCUUUAUAUGAUACAUACAUCACUCAUAAAGGUCAAAUCGAUUAAUGACACCUAC